AGUACUUGAUAACUCAGCAAGAAGACGGAGGUGUGCCAUAAUGUUCUCAGCUUACCUGUUCCUGGUGGUUCUAGCCACGGCGACAGCCACUCCUGAAAAGGAAUGUGAGAGUAUUGGCGAGUACAUGCGAGACAUUAGCAACCGGUGUUAUUUCUACCAGUGCACCUACGCCAACGCGGCGUUAGACUUAGAGCCCACGCGUCUCAGAUGUGCUCCGGGCACCACAGUGCGUCAUGAUUACGUCAUGCAACCCGGGGACGCAAACCCUUGUCACGGCAUUAAUUUGCCGUGUAUUGACGAAACCGGCGAGUGGUCCCCCUGGGGAGAGUGGGGAGAGUGCAGCGUCACGUGCGGUGGUGGCGUUAGCGUAAGAAGCCGAACGUGCUCAAUACCCGGCACCUGUGAGGGACCCAGUGAGGAGAGUCGAGUCUGCAAUACUCAAGCCUGUUUCGUCUUCACUAACUGGACCAACAAAGACACCCCUCUCACUAUAGACGGUGGCGCUUGGGGAGGAGACGGAGACUUCGAGACAGACUUUGGUGCGGUCUGCGGAGUUGGCAAUCCAAUUGUGGAUAUAGAAUGCCGAACGGUAGAGGGUCAUAUUCCGUCCAAUGAAACCUACCUAGACGAGCCUGGCGUGUUCAUAACCCGCUGCGGGCUCACGCCGAUCCCCGGCAUCAUGUGUGUGAACGCUGCCACUAACAACGGCACAUGCGUGGACUUUGAGACGCGUUUCUUGUGCCCCAAUAACGAGGCUUUCGGUACGCGAGAGGUGUACGCCAGAGCGGAGGAACUUGAGUUGCAAUUGGGUCUUGUCGAGGAAUCCGGAGGUCCCCCAUUAUAGACGAGUAAAACUGCGCCCAGUAUAAGUGAUGAAAUGCUCUAUGAGUUAAUGGGUCAUUUUAAUGGCGAUUUUAAUUUCUGCAGAACCAAGAGUUUCCUUCUUGUCCUUGAGUAGUAAGUGGAUUAUAUUUUAUUUUGAGCCGUAGAGCACGAGGAUAAAAAAUAUGCUUAGACAUUAAAUUUAAAAGGAUAUAUUAAGUUUUACAGGAUAUUUGACUGUUGAAAAUAAAUUGUAAUGACCAAAAAUAAAGGUAACAAUUAUCUCAUAAUUUGUCUUAAUGGCGUUUGUUUGAGCAGAACAUUUACAACUGAGAAAACUUAACUAUUUGAAUUACAGAUAACAUGGACAAUUGAG